AGCUACCCUUAGGGCUCCAGGUUGCUAGCUUCUGCGUUUUUUCUUCCUUUCCAAAGUUGAGGAUCCCCUUUCUGUCACCACGUUCACUAAGCCCCCGAGGUACCAUGGCUCCCAAACUGUGGAGUGAGUGGAGCACAGCCCUAUCUCACCUGGUGCUGGGAGUGGUGUCUCUGCAUGCAGCCUUGAGCACUGUCCAGACAAGUCGAGGGGCUGCUGCUGGCUUCCUGCUACAGGCUUUGGCCGCAGCCACCAUGCUGGCCCCAGGGCUGGCCACAGAUGAAAACUGUCUUGCUGGAGUCUGGGUGGCCACUGUCAUCGGCCUGCCUCUUCUAGCCUUCGAUUUCCACUGGGUGAAUGGGGACAGCUCCUCAGCCAACCUACUCCUGGGAGGAGGCAUGGUGCUGGCAGUGGCUGGUGACCACCUGGGCGCUGAGGGCCGCUCUGUAGCUGGUCAGGCAGUAGUACUGGUGGUCGCAGUGACCAUCCUCAUUGUGGCCGUUUUCAAUACCAACACUUAUGGAAUGUGGGGGGGUGCAAUGCUGGGUGCUGCAGGCCUUCUAAGCCGGCUGGAGGAGGACAAGUUCCUGCUGCUGCCGAAGGAGGAUGUCUGUUGCUGGGCCCUGGCCGCCGGCAGUUGGGCCUACCACCAAGCCCUGCACACACAGCGCCUGCAGUGGGAGUGAUAGUCAGAGACAGCAAGGCAGGGCUCUGUCCUGGCUACCACCUCCCAUAGGUCUGCUCCUGGGGCCUCCUUCCCUAAAGAUAGACUCUGCUACCUCCCAAAGUGGGCUUGCUGCAGGGUGACUGGAUGGGCACUGCCCUUCCUCUGGGUGAGUGUGGGAACUUGGCCUAGACCGGAAUGAAGGGGACAGGAUCCCAGGCACAUUUGGGAACUGAUUCUGGGCAGGCCAUGGUUGCGGAUCCAGAGGCUUGGCCUCCAAUAAAGCUUAGGGAUUCAACGGGAA